GUCGGUCAAACAGAGACAGAACGAGGACAGUUUUUGUGAAAGAAGCUCCAUGGAGACGUACUCACUCCUGCGGGUGAUCGGUGAGGGAUCUUUUGGCCGGGCGGUGUUAGUCUGCUGUAAAAACACUCAGGAGAAAUAUGUGCUCAAACAAAUCCAGCUCUCAAAGAACCGCUGUAAAAUGGAGAAUUCCAGGCGAGAAGCCGUGCUGCUGUCCGGAAUGAAACAUCCCAACAUCGUGGCCUUCAGGGAGGCCUUCGAGGCUGAUGACCUCCUGUGUAUUGUGAUGGAGUUCUGCAGCGGAGGAGACCUGCUCCAGAGGAUCCGGCUGCAGAAAACUAUGCAGUUCUGUCUCGAUGAUAUCUUGAGGUGGUUUGCUCAAAUGUGUGCUGGUGCAAAGCAUAUCCACGAUAAACGGGUUCUGCACAGGGAUCUGAAAUCCAAGAACAUUUUCCUGACAGAUAAUGGGACAAUCAAGCUCGGGGACUUUGGCUCGGCGUGUGUUCUGAACAGCUCGAAGGCUCACGCUCAGACUUACGUCGGGACUCCAUAUUACGUGGCUCCUGAAAUCUGGGACAAUAAGCCAUACAACAAUAAGAGUGAUGUGUGGUCUCUGGGCUGUGUUCUCUACGAGCUCUGCACCCUGCGACACCCGUUCCAGGCAACCAGCUGGAAGAGUCUGAUUCUGAAGGUGUGCCGGGGCGCGUACCCCCCCCUCCCCGGGCACCUGCCCUACGAGCUGCAGUAUUUGGUCAAGCACAUGUUCAAGACCAACCCGAGGGACCGGCCGUCCCUGCAAACCAUCCUGACGUCUCACCGGGUCUCCAAGCUCCUGCGCUCACAUUCCCAGGUGAUGGAGGCGGAGGAGCCGGGGAGGAGGACGUGUCGAUGGAACAGAGAGGAGGGGAAGAAGGUGGCUCAACAUCUGGGGGAGAAGAGUUUAAUAAUAACGUCUACAUUUGAAGGCUGUGAGAUGUCAGAGGAACAUGGUGGAAGCAUAAGGCCCGGCCACAGGAAGCAGUGGGCCACUGAGCCGUCUGACACCGUGCUGCAGGUGCUGGCCAACGCCAGUCUCAUCUCAUCUGACAGCAUGGCAUCGAGCAGCCGGACCCUCGGAGGAGACACUCACGGAGGUGUGUCAGAGGUUGCAAACGACACCAGGAAGAGGAGACAGUGGGUGAAGGAUCCUCCAGAAAGGCUCCUGAAAGUGUUGGAGAAGGCCGAGCUGAGCAGAGCCUUCAGCACCUUUAUAAUUAACAGAGGAGAUGACAACCUGCUGAUGGGACCCCUCUCAAAGCCGCGGGGGGACGACACUGACGGUCCCAAGCCGGAAGAGGACGAAGACGAGGAUGAGGAGCGACUGGAGCCGCGCUCUGAUGACGAGGACACAGACUUUGAGGAAGAAUCUCCGUGGAACUGGAUCGACGAAGUUGAAAGAAUGUUUUCAGAGCACUGAAGCCUUGCUCCUUCCUCGGCUCACACGAUCACAUUAUUACAUUAUUUCUGUCUACAACGGUUAUUAUCAAGUUUUAAUUUAUUAAGUUUACAAGACAUCCAGUUAAGCUCAGGCAGCAACAGUGAGACACCAUGUUUCUUUUGGGAUGUUUGUAUGUUUCAAGCUGAUUUUUUGCUCUUGAUCCCUUUUGAUAAAACAUAAACAUUUUAAUUGAAUAUUGUGCAGCUUCCUCUCAAUGUUUCUUUUACAUCAAAAAUCCCGGAGAUGCGUCCGAGGCUCUUGUCUCUCGUUUGAUUUGAACAUCUGCCGUCUACUUGUUCGAGUUACCAGUGAAAACAUUCCCGGCAGAUUGAGUCCGUCUGGAGGCUCCUGUUUGGCUCGUCGGGUGGGAAGCAGGAAAUGAUGGACCCCGAGCAGCUGGGUCUGGAUGGGGGGGUGAAGCCCACCCACACCUUUUGAUGUCCAUUUCCUCUGUAAUAUCAAAAGUAGACUAAACAUGUUUGGUCACUGGUAUUUUUGGGGGGGUUUUAUUCUCUUUGGAGAAACGCUCACAAGGAUUUAUACACCAGGUUGUAUUUUCAGCUGCGUUUGUUUGUUUGUUUGUUUGUUUGUUAGCAGAAUUAUGCAAAAACAAAUCAACACCUUUUUGUGAAAAUUGGGGUGAGGCUAACUGACGAAGAACCAGUUAAAAUAAAAUGUCCCUUUCCUAUUGCAUAUUCCUUUUAACAUUUUCAUAGACUCAAUAUGAUGAAUGGAUCUUGAUGUUUAUAGGGCUUUGGUGCAUUAAAGUGUAUUAAUUGUGUUUGUCUGUCCGUCUGAUAGUUGACAGCAUUACACAAAAAUAUA